AUGGCCACUUCAAUAUUUAAGGGCUCAAUGCGGGAUCCCUUUCCUCACUCGAACUUCUGUCUGUCCUUGCAUCUUAUGGCAAAUAUCCCCAUUGAUCCUGUCCUCUUGCGCGAGGAAGCUUCUGUGAAUCCACCUUCUGUUCUCGACCUUAUCACCGAGAUCCAGGCAAACAACUCAACCGCACCGGCCACCCCACCCAGUCAUGCAUCAUCUCCCGACCCAGAAGAGGAAGAUCAAGCACAAGAACAUCUCUCCAAAGACCAGCCACAUGAGCUUGCACGUUUUGCAGAGUCUCCACACCUCCUCCAACACACAAUGUAUACCUACGGUUUGCUGCUGGAAUGCCGUGACUACCUUCAGAAACUGUCUCGGGACAGUGAGUACAAGAUCCCCGAUACAUUGCGGGCCACUUUGAUGGACUACGCGCACACAUACAUCCUCUCUCCAACCAUUGAGUCCUAUCGCAAGGCUUCAAAUCCUGGCAACAUCUUAGCUGCGAUGCGGCACCUCAAUAUUGCACAAAUUCCUCCUGAACAGGAGACCGGUCGGUGUGCCGUUAUUCAUACAGUCGUCGCGAAGGGUCUCACGGAGUGGCGGAACCACGUGAAAACUCAGAUUUCCAUCUCCAUCGACGCCAAAUCCACCAUUCGUAACCUUGCCGCGCUUGCCCAUGCAUGCAUCAAGACUUGCAGCGUGCAUCCGACCGUUGCGAUGUACAUCCGCCUCGCGUAUAUCCGGCUCAUUUUCGUGAAGUUUUCGGGGCUCAAGGAGGACGCAUUCUGGAACAAGGUUGAUUCGUCUAUGAAGGAGAUCCGUGAGCAGUACAGGACAUCCGGAGCAAUCUACGAUGCGUACCAGGCGGUCUACAGGAAUGACAAGCUCACUUAUGGUGAGCCCGACAACGCCAUGUACCCGAUCGCUCUUGCGACCUCCAUUCCCGCGUUCAUAAACGACCUGAAUGCUGCUUCGAACAGCCGAGGGAAUGAGUGA